CUCCCCUCAUUCACUCACUCACUUGUGCUUUGUAACAAAACUCAACCGUUUUCUCUCUCCGUUAGUGUUUGCUUUCUUCCUCGAUUCACCGACCCACUGACCGACUAUGUCUUCUCCAAAGAAGAUCUUGUUGAAGAGCAACGAUGGCGAGGUUUUCGAGGUGGAGGAAGCGGUUGCUUUGGAAUCUCAGACCAUCAAGUUUUUGAUCGAGGACGAUUGCGCCGGUUCGCACAUCCCUAUUUCCAAUGUUUCUGGCAACAUUUUGGCAAAGGUUCUCGAGUACCUUAAGCGCCAUGUGGAAGAGGAAUCCACAUCUAAGACAGAGGGCGCCGACGCUGAUGCUGCUUUGAAGGUCUUUGAUGCUGAAUUUGUCAAAGUUGAUCAGAAAACUCUCUUUGACCUGAUUCUGGCUGCAAACUAUCUGAACAUCAAAAGUCUGCUUGAUCUGACCUGCCAGACUGUGGCUGACAUGAUCAAAGGUAAGACCCCAGAGGCCAUUCGCAAUACCUUCAACAUAAAGAACGACUUCACUCCAGAGGAAGAGGAGGAGGUUAGGAGGGAGAAUGCGUGGGCAUUUGAAUGAAGCUCUGCCAAUGUUUUCGUAUUCUGGUGCUGGAAUUGUAGUAGAUUUCUAUCAACUAGUGUUAUGUUUGUUGUUUUCUUAAUGUUUUGUUGUUGAAACCUUUAGAUAUUACUUUCUUGUUCACAACUUUUGCUAUGCAACUUGAAGUCGUUAUUCAACGAAGAUUUGAUAAUUUCUUUU